UGUCAGGAGGAAGACGUUUUACUCUUUCUUCAUACGGGAGGAGAGAGAGAAAAAGAAGAGAGAGAGAGAGAGAGAGAGAAGACUUCAGCAGCAACAGACACGCAAAAAACCCCAAUAACAACUCACGCGCAACUAUGUGAAUUGGACCGAGAGCAAAAGGUAAACAAAGCACGCAGGGCACCAGCUGACUCCUGCAUCCUCAGAGGUCAGAGGUCAACGUGAUGAACAGCAUGUUUCCUCAAAGGAGCGCCGUGGCCACGCUGGGCUACAGCUCAGAUUGUGUAAAGAGCGGCGGCGGCGGCGGCUCGGUGGGCGAGUCGUUGCUCAGGGGCUCUCGCUCCAAGGCCGAGCUUCAGGACCUCAUGGAGACGCUGCAGCGCAGGAAGAGCGCCCUGGAGGCCAGCUUGAGGGCGGCCGAGUGCAGCCGCAAAUACCUCAGCGUGCCGCCGUCACCUGCCGGAUCCCAGUCCGCCAGGCCGCUGUCGAUCCUCGGCAACGCGGAUCGCCCCCCGUCGGCCUCCAGGUCGCUGUCCUACGUGUCCGGCGGCAGCGUGCCUCCGUCGCCCCGCCAAGGGGAACGCCAGCCGAGCUCCAACGGCUUCCUCCGUCACUCCCACGCUCGCCACCUGUCGCAAGACAGCCUGGUCCUCUCCCACGCGGCCGACGGCGGCCCCGUGCUCUCCUACGGGCAGCAGCCCCCGCCUCGCUCUCCCCGGGUCAAAAGCGGCGCGGCCAGCGUGCCGUCCAGCCCUCGCAUGAGCCGCAGGCUCUACUCCCAGAGCAAAGCGGGAGGAGACGCCCGGCAGAGGAAGUACUCCACCGGCUCCCUCACCAGCCUGGGGAUGCACAGUCGUUCUCUGCCGCGGCUCCACAACGCCGCCGAGCCCCCGGCUCUGUCGCUGCCGUCGCAACGACACUCGGCGGGGUCCCACAGAGGCUCGGCGGGGCAGCGGCGUAGUCUCUCCUCCCUGGAGCAGCCGCCAGAUGUGACGGUGCCGGCCAGCAUGCCCAUCACGCCCAGGAGGUCCAGCCUGAUCUCCCUGAGCUCUCUGGGUGUCGAGAUGGAUGGGACGGGCUUGGAUCUGGGCUUCGGAGAGGGGAGGUUGUCCUUCGGGAAGGGAGGUCUGAGUCCAGGUCAGAGAGUGGGCAGCAUCAGCUCUCUGAAUGGCAAAGAGGAGCUGAGGGAUUACCACCUGCACCAGAGAGACGAGCGACUCAGGGAGCAGAAAGUGCAGCGAUUGGAGUGCCAGCGUCUGGAGACCAUCUUGAACCUCUGCACCGAGAGAGAGCCGGCGGGCUCGGCGGCGUCCGACCUGCAGAAGAUCAACAAGGAGCUGGAGAAGCUGCAGGUGUCGGACGACGAGUCGGUGUUCUCCGACUCGCCCGGCGGCGGCGCCCCGGAGAGCAAAGCCAGAGACUUCCACCGCGCCGAGGAGCAGCAGGCCGGCCAGCGGCCGCAGAGCGUCUACCGGGAGGCCAGGUCCAACUCGCCGGCCGUGAGCCUCAGCAGCAGCGCCGCCUCGCCCUCCAGCCGCCACAGAGCCAAGGCCUUGGAGAGCGUGCAGCUGAAACAGGAAGUAACGCACAUCGAGGAGGAGAGGAUUCAAGUGGUCAACAACAUAGAGGAGCUGGAGCAGAAGAUCAAAGACCUGGACAACCAGACGGAGGAGUCAGUCCGAGAGAUGGAGGUGGAGUGUGCUCUGCUGGAGGGGGAGGAGGAGUCGGAGAGGACCCUGAUGGAGAGGGAGAAGGAGCUUCUGGACCAACUGAAGAAAAAGAUUCAUCGCGUCGAGAAGCCGAGGAACUCUGAGAAACCCCAGGACUCUGGAGAGCAGACCCAAAGUAUGGAGCAUUUGGAGUUUCAGAAGCUGGAAAGGGAAAUUAAUCAGGGCGAAGAAAAAGACGAUCAGAGCCGAGAGAUUCUGAGAGAGAUCGCCGAGUGUCAGCGCGUCGCAGUCGCACGCAAGGAAAGACUCGUGACGCUGAAGAAGCAGUCGUCACAGAUCAACGUACAGGCUCAACAAGAAAGGGAGAACUUCCAGAGGGAGAAAAACAAUUUGCUUAUCAUGCUCCAGAAGGAGAGAGAGAAACUGGCGUCUUUGGAAGGAAAGUAUGCGGAGCUGUCCGAGGGGACGAGCUUCACCAACAACCCCGUAGCCAUGAUCGAGCGCUCUCUGAAGGAAAGGAGAAGAAGCAACAAGGAAAACUCCUGCCACCCGAGCGACAGCCUACCUCACAAGAGGAGCCAGCAGCUCCUCGCCUCUUACGGCCGAUCCCUGGGGCGCACGCUUCCUCCCAAGGCCCACCUGCCUCUGUCCCAGAGCUCCAGCUGUGGCAGCGUCGUCCCACAAGGCUUCAGCUUCUCGCCCCGGGACCUGAGCGCCCGCCGCCCGCCCAAGAUCAUCAGCCACAUGACCGAGGACCGACAGAGAAGAGGGGAUUACUGCAGCCGGGUGGUGUCGGAGCCCGGCGUGUUCCUGGACUCCUUCAGCUACCCGGACCACAGCCAGACCUCCGACACCGUCAGCGUGGACAGCUCCGACAGCCUGGAGACCAGCUUCUCCGCCUGCUCCCCCGACAACAUCUCCAGCGCCAGCACCUCCAACAUGGCGAAGAUCGAGGAGAUGGAGCGCCUCCUCCGAGAGGCCCAGGUGGAGAAGCAGCGCCUCCUGGAGCAUCGGGAGCGCGAGAUGGAGAUGCGCCGGCACGCUCUGGAGGAGGAGCGGCGGAGGAGGGAGGAGCUGGAGAAACGGCUGCAGGAGGAGACGAGCAGGAGGCAGAAGAUGGUGGAGAGAGAAGUGAAGCUGCGGGAGAAGCAGCGGUCGCAGUCGCGGCUGACUCGCUACCUCCCCGUGAGGAAGGACGACUUCGAUCUCCACGGCCACAUCGAGGCGGCCGGACACAGCCCGGACGCCUGCUUCCAGCUGGCCGUCACCGAUAAGACGUGCCGGGGCUUCCUGGUCAAGAUGGGAGGAAAGAUCAAGACCUGGAAGAAGCGCUGGUUCGUCUUCGACCAGAACCGCAGGACGCUCACGUACUACGCAGACAAACACGAGACCAAGGUGAAGGGAGUCAUCUACUUCCAGGCCAUCGAGGAGGUGUACUACGACCAUCUGAAGAACGCACACAAAAGCCCGAACCCGUCGCUGACGUUCAGCGUGAAGACCCACGACCGGGUGUACUACAUGGUGGCUCCGUCUCCCGAGGCCAUGCGGAUCUGGAUGGACGUGAUGGUGAUGGGGGCUGAAGGACACAUGCACUUCAUGGUGUGACACAUCGGGGGGCCACGCACCCUAAAAUGAACUUCUGUUUACACUUCUUUUAUAUUUUUUCAGCCUACAACUCGUACUCAAAAGCACACUUUUCAAAAACAAGUGCAACGCAGGUUUCAUAAUUAAGCUAUUUAGUUGUUUUUGUACCAAGAGAACGCCAGAAAAUAAAAUCUGAAUUUAUUUAGGAGUUUUUUUUUCAUACUCUCCUUUUUAUGUUGUGUUUUUUUUCAGUUAAAACUUGAUGCCGCUUGUUUAUGACAGAUGCUGAUCAGCUUUUCUAUAACCUCGCCUUAUGUAAUGUACAUAUAUCCGACAUGUUCUCUUCCCUUCUUCCCAAUCUUUUCCAUUUGACAAGAUCACGCAAUCUGUCUGUUUCAAAUAUGAUUUCUAUAUUGUAAUUAGAGUAUUAUUUUGCAUAUUAUUUGUCUGCUUUUUCUUUUUUUUUAAAGCAUGGAUGAAUGUCCACCAUCUUUAUUCCCUUAAAACCACACACAUGUCUUUUUGUGUCACUUUUAUUGCAGUAAAAGUCCUAAUUUGGGCUUUUCUUCACAUGUGCAUACUUCAGUCAUGCAAGACAAACAAUUACAGUCACUUUAAAGGUUUUAUUGUUAUGAAUUAUUAGUAGUUGUUAUGAAUAAUCUGCCCAAAUCCCACUUGUACUGAGCUUCAAGCCUCCCACUGUGCAGUAGACUAUAGACGCCGUGCUGUGUUUUCACCACCAGAGGUCCUCAGUGCAGAGUCAUUGCACUGAAAUGACGUCAUGCCCUGGGCACGACAGGCCCAUAUUCAUCAAUGAUCCAUAUCAUGCUUAUAUAUCUAUCAAAUAUGUACAUUUAUAAACACAUGCGUAUCAAUGUAAUAUUUACUUUUAAACAGAAAUUCCCUUUCAGAGCACCUUUGAAUGUUUUUGUCAAAUCCAUAAUGUUUGAUCUUCAUGUUCUUCGACUCUUUUCGAGACUGUACUUGAGAAUGAAAGGUCACGUGACCGGCUGUUUGUUGAUGGCGUUGCAGAGGAGUUGAUUCUUAUAUCCUGGAGGGGAGGAGGUAUCUGUCGUGUUGACGUCUCAGCUGCCUUAAAACCAAACACAUUACUGCAUUUAUAUAUAUAUAUAUAUAUAUAUAGACAUAUUAGUAUUUGUUAUGCAUUUCAUAUAGAAUAUUUUUGUAUAUAAACACUUUUAAUCGACUCUUUGCUACAGUUAUUUUGUUAUAAUUGACAUUUUCUCAUGUUUCAAUAUGAAUAAAGAAAAAAAUAUUGA